CGAGUGUUAUGAGAAGAAAUCAGGAGGCCUAAAGAGCCCUCCGACCAAAAAGCACAGAAGGAAAUAUAGUAGAGUGAAAUAGAAAACGCGGAUUUACUGUUAGGUUGGAUUUAUACCUUCAUCACCUGAGAGGAUUUCUCUAAAACUUUUGUAAGCAUGUCAACUUCGGAUGAAGCAGACGGUAUGCGGCCAAGAUAUGGCUCCGUACUGGAUGGUGUGGAGCGACUCACAGCUGAGGAGAUGGAUGAGCGCCGGCAGCAAAACAUGGCCUAUGAGUACCUGUGCCACCUGGAAGAGGCCAAACGCUGGAUGGAGGCCUGUCUGGAUGAGGAUCUUCCCCCGACCACAGAGCUGGAGGAAGGCCUGCGCAAUGGCGUGUACCUGGCCAAGCUCGGCAACUUCUUUGCCCCUCAUGUCGUCUCGUUGAAGAGGAUCUAUGAUCGCGAGCAGACACGCUACAAGGCCACAGGGCUUCACUUCAGACAUACAGACAAUGUUAUCCAGUGGCUCAACGCUAUGGCUGAUAAAGGUCUUCCUAAGAUUUUCUAUCCUGAAACCACAGAUAUCUAUGACAGGAAGAACAUGCCUCGCUGCAUUUACUGCAUCCAUGCACUCAGUUUGUAUCUGUUCAAGCUCGGCCUUGCACCUCAGAUUACGGACCUGUAUGGCAAAGUCGCUUUUACAGAGGAAGAGAUUAACAACAUGAAGAUUGAGCUGGAGAAGUACAACAUUCAGAUGCCAGCGUUUAGUAAAAUUGGUGGCAUCUUGGCUAAUGAGCUGUCUGUGGAUGAGGCAGCAUUGCAUGCUGCGGUGAUCGCCAUUAAUGACGCUAUCGACCAUGGAGAACCUGCAGGCACGCUGGCAGCCAUGAGAAAUCCAAAUGCCAUGCUGCUCAAUAUGGACGAAACCGCCGCCCAGCACUACCAAGACACGCUGUACCAGGCCAAAGCUGAGAAAGUGGCCAACUCCAGAAAAAGGAUCGGCGAGAACGUGGAUGCUGAGAGGGACAUCUAUGAGGAACUGCUCACCCAUGCUGAAAUUCAGGGCAAUGUCAACAAAGUCAACUUGUCCACAUCUCUGAAAUCAGUGGAUCAUGCAUUAUUAGGUGGUGAUGAGAACAGGCUUUAUGAAGCACUGUCAUCCCCGGCAUUGGGUUUGCAAUCUUUGAGAUCGAAGAACAAGGGCUGGUACCUUAAACAGCUGAUGGCAGAUAGAGAGGCUAAGGAGCAGAAUAACCCAGGAGAGUCUCUGACCAAAGAAGAGCUACAGAGUGGUGUAAAUGCAGCCAAUGAUGUUGCAGAAAGUUAUCAGAAAAUGUUGCGGGCAGUGGAGAGAAUAAAUGCAGCCAUUAGGAAAGGUGCAGCUGAGGACACAGUAAAUGAACUGAUGAAUCCAGAUGCACAGCUUCCAACUGUUUACCCCAGAGCGGCCGAGCUCUAUCAGAGAGAACUAUACAGCCUGCAGCAGCAAAGCACCGAGGGUUCACUCACACAUCCAGAGCUGCUGGUUGCAGUCGAGAUGCUGUCUUCAGUGGUGCUGAUAAAUGAAGCUUUGGACGUUGGUGACCGCAGGGCAGUAUGGAAGCAGCUAAGCAGCUCUGUUACAGGACUCAGCAAUGUGGAGCAAGAGUAUGCUCAGAGGUACAUGGAUGAGUUGAUGCGACUAAAGGCUGCAGCGAGGGAAGAAGGCAAUGACUAUCUGACGUGGAAUGACAUCCAGGCCUGUGUGGACGUGGUCAACUGUGCGAUUCAGGAGGAACAUGAAAGAAUCGCUGCUAUUGGUCUGAUCAACGAAGCUCUGGAUGGGGGCGACCCCAAGAAAACUCUGGAGGCUUUACAGCACCCUGCAGCGAAGCUAACAGAUGUGGAUCCAUACAUCGCUCAGCAUUAUUUUGACAAACUACUGGAGACACGCAGGGAGAAAGCUCAUGAGACACAGGACCCAUCAGCAGUGCUGUGGCUGGAUGAAAUCCAGGAGGCCAUCUUCCAAUCUAAUAGAGAUACAGAGGAGGCCCUGCAGUUCUCUCAGACUAUUCAGGCCAUUAAUGAAGCUGUAGACACUGGGGAUGCCACCCACACUCUGACUGCUUUGCGUGCUCCUGGAUCCAGUCUGUACGGUGUGACCCCGGAGUGUGCUCAGACCUACCAGGAUGACCUGGCCAAGAUUAAAGAAGACAAAAAGAAGGAGGGUGAUAAUGGCAGUGAAUGGAUGAAGCACUGGGUAAAGGGAGGCUACAACUACUACUACAACCUGAAGACAAAAGAAGGCGUUUGGGACGAGCCUGCCCAUUUUGUGCAAAAUAACACACAGCUGAACAAGGACGAAAUCCAGUCUGUGGUGUCGGGAGUGACUGCAGCCUACAACCGUGAGCAGCUCUGGUUGGCUAACGAGAGUCUGAUAGCCAAACUACAGGCUCGGUGUCGCGGUUUCAUCGUGAGAAGAAGUCUGAAAGAGCGUCUUGACUACCUCAAAUCUCAGGACUCGGCCAUUGAACGCAUCCAGGCUCACUGGAAGGGCUACAAAGAAAGAAAAGCCUUUAAUGACAGGAAGCAGUACCUGAAGGAUCACACUGAUGAUGCUGUCAAGAUCCAGUCCAUGGUGCGGAUGCACCAGGCUCGCCAAAAGUACAGAGAUCGUCUGAAAUACUUCAAAGACCAUAUUGAUGAUGUGAUUAAAAUUCAGGCGUUUAUCCGAGCUAACAAAGCGAGAGACGACUACAAGACCCUCAUUAAUGCAGAUGAUCCUCCAAUGGGGGUGGUACGAAAAUUUGUGCAUUUGCUGGACCACAGUGAUCAGGACUUCCAGGAGGAGCUGGACCUAAUGCGUCUAAGGGAGGAGGUGAUCACCAACAUACGCUCCAACCAGCAGCUGGAGAACGACCUGAACCUGAUGGACAUUAAGAUCGGGUUGCUGGUGAAGAACAAGAUCACACUGCAGGAAGUGGUGUCUCACAGCAAAAAGCUAACCAAGAAAAACAAGGGCGAGCUUUCCAAUCUCAUGAUGAUGAACAAACAGAAAGGAGGACUGAAAGCUCUUAGCAAAGAAAAGAGAGAUAAACUGGAGGCUUAUCAGAACCUUUUCUACCUGCUGCAGACGAACCCCACAUAUUUGGCCAAACUGAUUUUUCAAAUGCCCCAGAACAAGUCCACCAAAUUUAUGGACUCUGUGAUUUUUACACUAUACAACUAUGCAUCUAAUCAGCGUGAAGAGUAUCUGCUGCUUAAACUCUUCAAAACAGCACUGCAAGAGGAAAUCAAAUCAAAAGUUGACCAGAUUCAGGAGAUUGUAACUGGAAACCCCACCGUUAUCAAGAUGGUGGUGAGCUUCAACAGAGGAGCUCGAGGUCAGAAUGCUUUGAGACAAAUCCUCUCCCCUGUUGUGAAAGAAAUCAUGGAUGACAAGACGCUAAACAUCAAAACCGACCCUGUUGAUAUUUACAAGGCCUGGGUGAACCAGAUGGAGUCUCAGACCGGGGAGGCCAGCAAGCUGCCUUAUGAUGUCACACCUGAGCAAGCGAUGAGCCAUGAGGAAGUUCGCAACCGACUGGAAGCCUCCAUUAAAAACAUGCGCACGGUGACUGACAAAUUCCUGUCUGCCAUUGUCACUUCCGUUGACAAAAUUCCGUACGGCAUGCGCUUCAUUGCCAAGGUGCUGAAAGAUACUCUUAAUGAAAAGUUUCCUGAUGCCACAGAGGAUGAGCUUUUAAAGAUUGUUGGGAACCUGCUGUAUUAUCGCUAUAUGAACCCUGCCAUUGUGGCUCCAGAUGCUUUUGACAUCAUCGAUAUGUCAGCUGGAGGUCAGCUGACCACAGACCAGCGGCGAAACCUGGGCUCAAUCGCCAAAAUGCUGCAGCACGCUGCCUCAAACAAGAUGUUUCUCGGAGACAAUGCCCAUCUAAACCCUAUCAAUGAGUACCUUACCAACUCCUACCAGAAGUUUAGACGCUUCUUCUUGGCAGCAUGUGACGUUCCAUCACUGGAGGAUAAAUUUAAUGUGGAUAAGUACUCUGACCUAGUUACUGUCAGCAAACCUGUUAUUUACAUUUCAAUUGGGGAGAUCAUCAAUACCCACACUCUCCUGUUGGAUCACCAGGACGCCAUCGCUCCUGAGCACAAUGAUCCUAUUCAUGAGCUGCUGGAAGAUUUGGGAGAGGUGCCCACUAUUGAGUCUCUGAUAGGUGAAAAUCCGCUGCCACCUGAUGAUCCUAAUAAGGAAAUGAUGGGCAAGACGGAAGUUUCCCUCAUUCUUACCAACAAGUUUGAUGUUCCUGGUGAAGCUAAUGCUGAAACAGAUGCUAAGACCCUCCUUCUGAACACCAAGAGGCUAAUUGUGGAUGUGAUCCGAUUCCAACCAGGAGAAACCCUCUCUGAAAUCCUGGAAACUCCUGCAACACAAGAACAGGAAGUGGAGUACCAAAGAGCAAUGCAGCGACGGGCUAUCCGUGAUGCUAAAACCCCAGAAAAGAUGAAGCAGGCAAAACCGGUGGUGGACGACAGCCUUACACUACAGGGCAAAAAAGACAAGAUUAAGAGCAACUUACAGAGGCUGGCAGAGCUGGGUAAAGUGCAUCCAGAGAACAGAUACCAGGAUCUUAUUAACGACAUUGCCAAGGAUAUCAGAAAUCAGAGGAGGUAUCGUCAGAGAAGGAAGGCUGAGCUGGUAAAGCUUCAGCAAACCAACUCUGCCCUGAACACAAAGUCAAGCUUUUAUAACGUACAAAUCGAUUACUACAACCAGUACAUUAAGACCUGUAUGGACAACCUCGCCAAGGGCAAAGUGUCAAAGAAGCUCGGAGACAACAAGGCCAAGAAGAGCAAGCAGGUUUCACAGAAAUACACAGCAGCACGGCUGCAUGAGAAAGGAGUUCUUAUCGACAUUGAUGAUCUGCACACCAAUCAGUUUAAGAAUGUCAUUUUUGAGAUCUCACCAGCUGAAGUUGUGGGAGUGUUUGAAGUUAAAGCCAAGUUAAUGGGAGUCCAUUUGGAGACGCUAAUGUUAGAAUACCAGGAUCUUCUGCAGUUACAGUACGAGGGCGUGGCUGUCAUGAAGCUGUUUGACCGAGCCACUGUAAACGUCAACCUGCUCAUUUUCCUGCUCAAUAAAAAAUUCUACGGCAAAUAAAAUUUAACUUAAAAUGGGCUUUACAGACUGUCUUUUACAAAGACAUGCCCACAUCUCUCAACACCAAACCCUGCAGGCCUGUUACAUGUCUGUACUACCCGGGAAUAUACCCUGUUGUUAAGAAAUGCACCAAUAGUGUCUCCCAUGUCCGGAAUUGUAUUGUUUCAUGUUUAUUCAUUUUAAAAAGGUCAGUGAUAUGAUAUGCCUGUGUUAGUUAGCUUUGCUUGGUGGCAAACUGCACGCAUGGCUUUAGAACAGUAUAAUAUGUAAAGAGAACAUUUGUGUUACAUUUCGAUUUUAUGCUUGGGAGAACAGUACAUGUUUCUUAGUAAGCCAAUAAUAUAGGAAAAAUGCAGCCAAAUUAUUUAUCAGAGUGAUCGUGUCUGUUACUCAGAAGUUUGUCGUUUAAGUCUGGGUCUCGCCACAAAUUAUAAUUUAUUGGAAAGGGGGUUCUUUUUCUCCCAGCUUUCUGACACUGUAUGGAUUUUAAGUUUACAACCUUUGGAUUUCAUAGCUUUAUUGUUUGGAUUUUUUUUAUACUGCCUUAACUUGAAUUAAGCAUUGAAGUGCUCAUAAAUAAUAGGGCUCUAAAGUACCUGCUGACUGCCUAAGUGGACAAGGUCAGGGUUAAAAAACAGAAGGGAUGCCGGACAUGGAAAUAAAUCAUAUAUAUAUAUAUAUAAAUAUAAAUCUUACAUGAUUGUUUAAAUCAGCUUUGCUUGACAGCCCUGUGUGCAUGCUGGACACAUUGAAAAAUAACUCAACAGAAUUCAGAAAUUGAAAUUCUUUUUCAUACUUUUUUAAACGUCUGUUUUUGGUGUCUGUAGUAUAUAGUAGCAUCUGAAUCCUCUGCCCUCUCUCUGCCGUUUGCGUGGUGUUAUAGCAGACUGGUGCCAUAUCGCCUUUACUGUGUACAUUUAGCUUGGACAGCACUUAAAGUUUUUACCUGUCAGUAUAUUGUCUUUUUGGAAAAUAUCUAGUGUUAAAUAUCCCGUGGACCAAAACAAUCAUCAAUAGGACAAUCUAAGUACAACUUAAAAUAAAUAAAUGAAUUAAAAUGACUUGA